CACUUUAAUUUUUUUUGUUCGAGAAGCAGCUUGAAAAAAGCCAAAAAUGAAGAUCACUUUUUCUCUGUGCCUUUUUGCUAUAAUUUGCAUAGCAAUUAGUAUAUCAGAAGCUACCCAAGCUCGUCAUAAAAGAGCAAUAGCUCGUCAAUUUUGUCCACAAGAAUUAUCUACCAGACUAUGCGAAGAAUAUGCUAAGUCCAUAUCAAAAACAUUGAAAUAUUGCCACACAUACGAUAUUUACGACGACGUGAUCACUUGGAUAAAUUGCGGAACAGUUUUAUGUCCAGGAAAUUUGAAGGUUGUCGAAGAAGACUUAAGCAAACCUUACCCUCAGUGCUGUAAAACUUGUACGCAGAAGUAGUAUCAAUUAUGAAGAGUUAAAUAGGACAAAAACUUUACAAAAUGUGGUGUGCAUAAUAUAAAAACUUUGCAGGAAUUUUGCAAAAUUUAUGUAAUUAUUGAAUUAUUGAAAUGAAUAAAAAAAGUAUAAAUUAAAAAGAAUCUACGCAUAUCACAAACU